CGUGUGAUUUUGACGAACAUAUUUGUGUUUGUUGAAUACAAUUAGAUCGAUCGGAAACAACGUACAACGUUGUAAAGUUUGUCUUUUGUUUCCGUUGUUAAAAAGAAUCGAAGUGAGUGACAAGAAAGCAUGUUGCUGAGCGUCUUGAAGUCGAAAUUCGGUUAUGACGAUUUCAAAAAUGACAUUCAGAAGCAAGCUACUACCGCUAUUCACAAAGGAAAGCAAGAUGCAUUUGUAUGCAUGCCUACGGGCUCUGGGAAGUCUCUCUGUUUUCAAUUACCAGCGAUAAUGAAAGAGCAGAAAGUUGCAAUUGUCUUCUCACCGCUUUUAGCUUUGAUGAAGAAUCAAAUAGACUUUUUGGUGAGUAAGAAAAUAAAUGCCUGCUCUUUGAACUCCACUACUUCCAGCAAAGAGAGAAACACCAUUAUGAAAGAUUUACUGUCAGAUGCGCCAAAGAUAAAAUUAUUGUAUGUUACUCCUGAAAUGGGAGCGCAACGUCAUUUUCAGGAAACCAUAAUUCAAAUGCAAAAGAAAAAAACACUCUCAUAUUUCGUUAUUGAUGAAGCACAUUGUUUAAGCGAAUGGGGUCAUGACUUUAGACCAACUUACAGGCAAUUAGGAACUUUUAAAAAAUUGUGUUUCAAGAUACCUAUGAUUGCAUUAACAGCAACUGCUUCAAAACAGGUAAAGGACGAUAUUCUCCAAAGCUUGCAUAUGCAAGAUGCAGUGAUAUUUUCUCAACCGGUAUUUCGUGCUAAUUUAUAUUAUGACAUAUGGUUUCAAGAAAUGUUAGACAAACCAUUUAUACAUCUUAAAAACUUUAUUUUGGACGCACUUGGUCCCUCAGAUAAUUCUAUUCCUAUGCAUAAAAGAAAUUGUGGUAUCAUUUAUUGUCGAAAAAAGGAAGCAACUGAAAUUGUUGCGCAUAAAUUAACUCUUGCGGGUAUUUCUACGCUUGCGUAUCAUGGAAGCUUAAAAACUCAGGAACGUAAUGAAGUACAAAAUAAGUGGACGGCAGGUGAAGUACCUGUUAUCGCGGCAACAUGUAGUUUCGGGAUGGGUGUCGAUAAGGGAUCCGUUAGAUUUGUAGUUCAUUGGACAGUGCCUCAGAAUAUUGCAGCAUAUUAUCAAGAAUCAGGAAGGGCGGGCAGAGAUGGGAAGCCGGCAUUCUGCAGGAUUUAUUUUAGUAACGAAGAAUAUAGACCUAUUUCAUUCCUUAUCAAAGAGGAAAUUACUCAUAAGAACUCCGAUCUUGUGAAAAUUAAAUGGCAGAAUUUUGAGAAAAGUAUUGCAUACUGUUUAGAGGCAAAAUGUCGACAUGCAGUAUUCUCUAAAUAUUUCGGGGAUUCUCCACCAUCUUGCAAAAAUAGAUGCGACGUUUGUAAAAACAAGGAUGAAGUACAAGCAAGGAUUGCUCAAUUUGAGAUGUGUCAGACUAGAUCUAACAAAUCCCGAAGUAAUGUAGGCAGUGUAAUACAAAUGGGUUACAGUGAUGAUGAAAUGGAUACAUUCAAUGAACCACAAGAAUCGAGAGAGAGUAUAAUAGCAGCUGAAAAACGAGAAAGAAAAGAACUUAUUAUAGAGCAAUUUGCACUUCGGCGUGGUACAGCUAAAGAGGAUGAAGUGAGGCGACAAAACAUUAAGGAUGCGAAAGUGGCGCAUGUUUGUGCAGCUAGUAGUACAGAUAAAAAAAUAAAAGGUUUAACUGUUCAAAUUCGAGAACACUUUUACAAUGAAUUAAAAACAGCAUUACUUGAAAAUUAUCAAAAUUUGUGUACAGAAAUUAAUGAAGAACAGUUUGAAGAGAAAAAUAUGCACGAUGUGGCUAAUAGUAUAGAAUAUAAAAUAUUUUCUAGUUCCAAAGUACCAAAUAAGUACAAAUUUGAUAUGUCUAGAUUGAUUUCGUCGGUACGAAAAUGUACUAUUAAUAAUACUGUGUAUGAAGGAAUGAGUGACUAUAAUGAGACUGAAUUUCGUAACUCCGAAUUUGACUAUUCUAACAAUAUCGACAUAUCCAAUAGUGAACAAAUGACAAAUACAGUCAAAAUACAAUUUACCGGAAAUACUUAUUUAUCGAGUAGUCCUAAAGAGACUUUCACUUCUACUUUUAAAACUGCAUCAGAGAUUAUAAAGGAGGAAAGAUUACGAUUAUCUACUUUAGACAAAGAUAGAAAGGCUCAAUCUUUAGAAUUAUCUGCUAAUAAUAAUGCACAAAGAAGUACAUCCAAAAACGAUAAAUUACAGAUGUCAGGUUUUGUUUGUGCGCGAAAAAUUCACGAGGGUGAUAUGAUUAAUUCUAAUACAAGUUCUUCUAAAUCAAAAGUUCAUAGAAACAAGACAGAUAAGACUGCAAAAAGAGCAGCUAAAACAGUUUACGAGCAGAUUUUAGCACAGUCAUCAUCAAAGAAGACUGUGGAAGAAAGGAAAGAUGUUCCUUUUAAGGCAGAAUUGAAAGUAGAUAAUGUUAAUUCUAUUAAAACUAAAAAUGAAGUUAAAAGUGAAAGUAAAAAUAAAAGGGGUUAUGAAUACGUUGAAUGUCAUGAGAAUGACAUAAAAUUUGCUAAGAAAAAAAGAAUUGUACAUGACGAUUAUGUUGAUAAAACUAGUGAUAAUAUAUCCGAUAAAAAUAACGAUAAAAAGAUUUUAAAUGACAAAAUUAUGAAAAUGAUCAGAAAAAGUACAGAUACAGUUAUUAAUACUAUAAAUGAUAAUUUAUCGAGAACGACACAAGAUAACACAGAAAAGCAUUUUGAAAUAAAAACUAAUGCGGAAUUAAAAAGGAAGGAGGAAACUACACAUUUGUCUCGUUCAAAAUCUCAUAAAAAUAGUAGUAGUAACAGACCGAAAGUACCUGCAGACAAAGCUACACAAUUUAAAACUGCAGAAAUUUUAAAGUCGUAUCUAAUGAAGUACUACCCGUCAGAACGGCUUCCGGAUAGGGCGACAUUUACGAAAACUUGCAGAGAAAUGCACUAUAAUAUGCUACAUAAGAAAAUAUUUGAUAAAGAAGGAAUACACGACUUUGUUGUAAAUUUUAUGAGUCAGUCUUAAAUGUGUUUAUUUCACGUUUAACGUGCUCCUACUAUUUGCUGAUCUACUGACUCGAUCACAUAUACCUAUAAUUACACCAUCGUCAGAUUCGGAUCGCCAGAG